AUGAAGGGCAUCUCCGACGACGAGCGCCUGAGCGUGAAGGAGAGCUGGGACAAGAUCGUCCGGUGGGCGACGCGAAGACGCGCGUACCUGUCCACGAAAGAGGACGUCCUCGCGAGCACGAAAAAGGUGGCCAUCAUGGGCGGCGGCUCGUUCGGGACCGCGAUGGGGACGCUCCUCGCGCGGAACAAGCGAGACCUGGACGUCGUCAUCCUCGUGCGGUCGGACGCGGACGCCAGAUCCAUCAACGAGACGCAUCGAAACGCGAAGUACCUCCCGCAGUACGAGCUUCCUCCGUCCGUGCGCGCGACGACGGACCCCGCGGAGGCGCUGUCCGGGUGCGACUUCAUCGUCCACGCGGUCCCGGUGCAGUCAUCGAAAGCCUUCUUGAGAGGCGUCAAGGACCACGUCGACCCGAAGACGCCGCUGCUGUGCCUCGCGAAGGGAUUAGGCGCGUCCUAUCAUCUCACACUGGUCCCCAUGAUGACGGAGGUGAUCCCCGCAGGGCUCGGCCGCGACCAGCCGCUCGCGGUGCUGUCCGGCCCCACGUUCGCGGUCGAGCUCAUGCAGGGCCUGCCCACCGCGAUCGUCGCGGCGUCGACGGAUAAGAACCUCGCCGGGCGCGUCCAGCGGCUGUUCGCGUCGACGCACUUGCGGGUGAACACGUCCAACGACGUCGUCGGCGUGGAGCUCUCUGGCGCGCUGAAGAACGUGCUCGCGAUCGCGGCGGGGAUGAUCGAGGGGUUGGAGCUCGGGAACAACGCGCUCGCGGCGGUCGUCGCGCAAGGGUGCGCGGAGAUCCGGUGGCUCGCGACGAAGAUGGGCGCGAAGCCGGAGACGCUGAGCGGGUUAUCCGGCACCGGGGACAUCAUGCUGACUCGCAACCGAACCGUCGGCGUACGGUUGGGGAAGGGCGAGACCUUGGAGGAGAUCUUAGGGAGCAUGACGCAGGUCGCGGAGGGCGUCGCGACCGCUCCGGCGGUGAUGAAGCUCGCGAGGAAGUAUAAGGUGUCCUUGCCGGUGCUCACCGCGGUGGCGAGGAUACUCGAGGACGGGUUGGACCCACGAGUCGCGGUGGAGGAGGUGAUGAACUUGCCGCAGGUGCCCGAGGCGUGAUCGAUCGAUCGGAUCGGAUCGGAUCGGAUCGUCCGCGGAGCGGCGAUCGCGGCGAGAGCUGAGGAGAAGAGUUAGGCGUUCGCGUUCGUUUUGGCGUUUGAUGCGAUGCGUAGGUCGUCUCGAAAGCGCGGCGUGCGGCUCGUCCGUCAGAACUGACGCGACGCUUUUUUUUAUCCCUUUGACCCGAGCAUUUUCGUGUA